AGCCUCUGCUGGUGCAACGCCUCCUCGUUGGCUUCCUGCCUCUCCUGCUCCAGGAGUGACAAGUUGGCCUUUUUCUGCAAAUAAAGAAGUGGAAAAACAACAGGACUUGUGACUAUCCGCAGCAGCUGCAGCAGCGCGACGCUCCUCCUGCGCUGCAGCGGCACUUCAGGUCAAACACUCGGUGACGGAGUUGUAAAUGCGCCAGACCGUCGGAAAUGCGCGCAGGAGCGACCAGCUGUGUGGGAACGGGAAGCGGCUCCGCUGCUGAAGUGUCAAAGGUCUGAUCGGAUCCUACCUGCAGCGGCUGCUCCGGUUUCACUGCAGGACACCAGUGCGUCAGCAACAGCUGUCCCGCAGCCCCGCAGCCCCGCGCUGCUGCCAGACCGGGAGAAUUACGUCCUCGGUGUGAGGCUUCACGCAACACUUGAUUUUUUCUUUUUUUUCUCUCUCUCUCUCUCUCUCUCUACCUUCUCCAGUUUCUUGGAUUCUGUGGAAAUAUUUUUUGCUUUAUCGUGCAAGGUAAGCGUCCACCUGCCCUCUGUUGUCUCCUCACAGAUGAGCUGCAUGAAACUCUGGUUAUAGCAGCUUCCUGUCGGGCUGCAGGCUGAACGAGCUGCACGACUUUUGGUCUGUUCUGUCUUCACCGGUGAGUUCGCUGUUUUAUGCCUGGAUGAAAAAUCACCAAAUCGACAUCUUCAUGAUUUUUAAAAUAGCGAGGCUGUUUGGAUGUUUUCGUGUAAUGGCUGAUUUUUUCUCUCUUCAUUUGAACAUUGCUGAAACUUGCACAGUUUUCUUGGAGUAACACUAAACCUGUCUGGUAUUAUAGAUCAGUUUUCAUUCAAAGUGAAGACGAGAAAAUAAACAGAGUAAUUAACAGAGAGGGUUUUUUUUUUUUUUUAUUAAGAGCGUCUUUGUCUAAUAAUAAACACGAACCUGUAAAUGGAGCUCGGGUCAAAUUUGGAAUAGAUUUAUGGCUUCUCGGUGGUGUUUUUAAAUGUGUGUUUGUGUUGUGAAGGUGCACACACACACACACACACACACACACACACACACACACACGCACGCACAGGGUGUUUAACUGCUACUGUAUCUACAGUAUGAGAGGGAGAAACUGCGCAUGAGCAUCACAGCAGGCUCCUGUCUUCACCUGCCAGGUGAACCUCUCGGCUGUCACACCUCUCGGCUGUCACACUUUGCAACCUUCUCAGCCCCCAACAUGCCUCCUCCCACAGGGGGCACGCUGUUAUUUUUAGCCCGUGUCUUCAUGGCAGAUGGGCAAGAUACUGUGAUGCUGUGGAUGCUCAUACCCCUCCACUUCUCUGCCGUUAAUCCAUGCUGCCCAUAUCAGAGGUGUGGGGACUGCAGAGACAGCCUGGCUACAUGCAGGCAAAGCAGAUCUCUGGAUACAGUGAAAGACAACCGGUAGCCAGAUUAGAUCCUGAGUGCACCUGAAACUCUUAUGUAACAGGAUGGAGCCCCAGCAGUAGACUCACUGCAGACAUGAACGUGGCUGUGGGUCCUCAGGUGGUGUUUUAAGUUCUUGGAGUGAGUUUUGUUUGCAUUUUCCUUCCACAUUUUCAUUUUGGAAUCUUCUCCAUGCUGCGUUCUCCUGACAGUUUUUGAUUUUGCUGUCACAUAUGUGGCAGAGAAUACAUAUUUCUGUAGCGUCCACCGUGUGUAAUAUGUAAAGAUAUAAAGAUGUAUCUAGGGUCUUCCUCUGCCUGGGGGCGUUUGUGUGUCUCGCAUCACAUGUUCUUGGACGCAGAAGGUGUCGGUUUUGAGUUUCUUUCACCAAGUGCGACCAUGUGACUGCUUGGCCAGGCCUCUGUAUUUUCCAGAGUAUUCAAAAGGUGAAAUAAGGUUGAAGAUAAGUACAUUUUUUUCCCCUCAAAUUGUACAGUCUCUUUGUUGAAUGCCCUUAGUUUGGGUUGGUUGUGUUGAGUGUGCACUUUUGUUGUUUUCUCCAUCAGAAUAACAAGGUUUCGUUUGACGCAGAUGGUUCCAACAUGAGCAGCUCCGUCACGGACGUCUGUGUUUUUAAAGCAGUUGAUUGGUGUUAUGAAUAUGAUAAUAGCUCCCCCUGGUCCGUCACAAGCUGGGUGGAAUAUUCUCCGUAUCACUUCCACAUGUAAUCUACUCAGAUUUCUCUGCAGUGAGUGCAAAGGCCAAAUGGGUCAGUUUGAGACAGUAGGAAUCUGUUUAGAACGCUCCAGCAAAGGGCUACAAUAUUCCUGGUGAUCCAAAAAAGUUCAACUUACAGCUCAAUUUACUUUAUUUGUCAUCUACUAGUUUAGAUCCAAGACUGUGCGGCCGUUGACCCUGAAGGUUCAUAUUCUGGUAGAAACAUUAUAUUAUUAUGUUAUAAUUAUCCAGCAGGCUUAUGCGGCUGUCCUGAAACAUUAACUCGUCCAUGCUCAGCCAGAGACACAUUGUUUGGCUGCGUCCUCUAACAAAAGUCUGGAUUUAUAAAUCAGUAGGCCUAUAUGUCUCUGUUAGCCCCCCGGCUGCACCAGGGAGAUUACCCGAGGUCUUCACAGCUUUUCGGUAUGCAGCGACAGAAGCAUACCGCGACUGACAGCAGCUGUCCUCUUAGCAGCAACAUAAUGCAUGUAGGGAUGUAUUGCAACCGAGUCCGCUGUGCACACAUCUGAUAAAGACAUCAAAGGGGCUUGACCCUGAGUCGUUACGGAGGCCACGAACAUGCUGACGAUUUCCAGCCUGGUUUGACUUAGCAUGCCGCGAUGAUUUUGAAAACUGCAUCAGGUGGCAACAAACAGUAAAACGAUGCAGUGGGAAGCAGGAACAGGUGGAGAGAGGUCUGUUUUAAUGUGGCUCCCUAUAGAGUUUGAAAUACAAGGUUAACUGGUGGGUGACAGGGUGUUGAAGGUGUGUUGCGAUUUGACCCCGUGAGAAAACAGGGGGAACGGGAGCACGGCAAAUGUCAAAGGACGUGUGGAUAAAAGCUCUUGUUUGCUCUGUAGAUCUGUUGUUUACAACUUGACCACAUACCAGGAGGGGGUAAGUGCUGUAUAAUGAGGGGAGUGAGAUGCUUGAACCCCCGGCACCUUCAUGACACCAGAGUUGAGCCAAUACGUCAUUAAAGUUGAUGAAUAUAUAGAUAUUUAUGCCAAUUAUUUUAAAUUCAGAUUCAGUGCAGGAUAUUGGAGACAUUUUCUGCUCAUCUCAAGCUGUCCGGGGAGUGGCCCUCGAUAGUUUCCAUACUGGUAUGACUGACUGAUGAAUGAUGACACUUUCACAGGAAGUCCAGGGAUCAAACGCAGCCUCUCUUUCCUGCGUGAUCUCAUGUUGCCCCUGUGACAAAAGCCAAAAGCUAGUUCGGUUAGUUUCCGGAGGUGAAUAUUGGCAUUCGCAUUCCGCGGCCGGCUAGUGUAACGAGGAGGUGUCUACAUUACUCCGUCUAUAUCCUCAGCCGGAAUGUCAUAGGUCACAUGGCCUUUCGUGACAUGCAAGGUGAUAUAUAUAUUACUGUCGGGGAAGGCUUCUGAGAUCUGUCACUCCCCCGCCCUCUUCCUCAGAAUGCCUCCCGAACACAGUGUGACUGAACCAGCAGGAUCACGUAAUGAGUCGAUUGUCUUCUGCUGGACUCUUAAAAUCAAACCAGUGGUGCAAAGUAGCCGAGUAGAUUUACUCAAGAACUGUCUUUAACUAGCAUUUUGAGGUACUUACUUUAUUUUAUUUGACUAUAUCUAUUUUAUUUGACUUAAUAUUUUAUACUCCCCUUGUACUUUUUACUGCACUGCAUUCAUUUAACAGAUAUCGUUGCUAUUUAGAGCAAAUAAAUUUUGAUUUUACAUAAAACUACAAUCACCAACUUGUAAUUAUAUGCCUGUUGCAGUUCACAGUCAUGUCUAUCCAGACUCAUAGUAUAUGUGAAGACUUAUUUAACAAUUUAAUAUAAGCAAUGAGUGCAUUUUUGGGGGAAGGGGAUGUUAGCGGUAUAUUUACGUGAUUCCAGUGAAUGAUUUCCAGUCAGAAAAAUGCUGUCAUCACGUUGAGACUAUUUUUACAGAGGACAGAUGGAAAGCUUCACAUGGUGCACGACAAUUCUUCAAAUAUGGAUGUUGCUGCAAAGAAGCGCCUUGUGAUUGUAUUGAACUGUAAAACAGAGUGUCUCAGUGACUUCAAGCAGCACAAAAUCACCAGAGUUUCUUGGUGCGCAACCAAGAUUUCUGUCUCCAACUCAAUAUCUGAUCAAAUGUGAGUUAUGGUUGCAAUUUCCCCUUCUGUUCCUGAUGCAUUAUGAUGUCAGAGUAAAGCUGACCUUUAACUAUUUGGAUUGAAAACUUCAUCACUUCAUCUUCUUCAUUCAUCGACCUUUGAACACCAAAAUCUCCGAGAGGAUGUUUGUGCUGAAUUUGAAGAUAUUUUGCCAAAAAACAUGAUGCUAGUGCUGGUUUGAUCAUAGUGGCAUGAAAACAUAAAAUAAGCUUACAAGAUCCCAUGAUUCUGUUGUUUGAGUUGCCAGCUGUUGGAUAGCUUUACGCAAACCAAACUACUUGGUUACGUUUAGGAAAAGGCGACGUGAUGUAAGUGAAAUAAAUUGGAAUAAAGUUUAAACAAGUCAACACUGACUUUUCGUUGCAUGUGGGACACAAACAAAGUCAAGUCAAAGUACUGUAUCUGCUUGAUACAUCCAUCAUCCCCUUCAUCCACCUGGCUUGGAUUUUCUUGCUCUUUAUAUGUCACCUGACCUUUUUUAUGAGGGGUUUUUGGAUGAGUCUGAGGAAUCACCUGCAGGCAAUUUGAGUCUUAAGUCAGAUAGAAGCACCUGGGCUUUUUCUGGUCAUGUUUUAUGAUGAGUUUAAGCGUGAUAGACAGAAUCUAUUUUAGCUGAUACUGAAUAUCACUCUUGCCUGUACACUUGGCCUGUUAGUGUGCACAAUCACGCAAUGAUAAAUGUAGCUACAAAACUCAACACGGCGGCAAAACAUAUUAUUUACCUAACUGACGUGGGAGACAAGGCAACAACCGCUGGGAGAGGCCUUUUUUGAGAUUGGCAGGCUUUCAAUUGAGCAACCAAGCUUUUUUAAAAAAGAACAUUUGAUGGCCUCAGCAGUAUCGGUGUGAUGUAAUGCAAUCAGGAAACAUUCACCAUAAGCCACGGAGAAACACAUCCAUUCUCAGGAUGUGUAUUUUAAGGUUGGCUCACGGUCGAGUGCAGCGGGGCCCACGGCUCACAGAUUGGGGGGUUUUGUAACGGGGCGAUGAGGGUAGUGUGACGGGAGUAGGUGUAGGCUGACCAGGUUGCCUUGUGACCAAAUGGCACUGAAAAACUGUCAAUAUUGGUAAUAAAUCUAAAAGGUUUCUCGUGUAGGAUGAAGGAAAUACUGACCCACGUAGUUUGACUCCUUGAGGAGAAAAGAGUCAACCGUGCCGGAGUGAUUAGGAAUGAGGGCUUUGCUGAGUGAUAGUGUUAAGGGGGAAUGGUUGUAUGAAAGAGGGAUUUAGAGCUUCAAGUGUCAUGUAGCAGGAUGUUGAGGGGGUUGUCAAGUGCGGUUAAGGGUGCGGAGUCGGAAGCUUAGUGUGUUUGGAGCCCCGUGUAAAAUAGAAGGUAGUAGAGAGAGGAGUCAGCUCGGUAAGAUAAGUUGGCAUGCUGUCCUGUUUAUCGGAGGGAUGUGAGGCGCAGAGCGAAGGCACAGCCAGGAAGGAAUGAGCAGAGUCAUCGGGCCUCUGAAACACGACGCUCCGUCUUGAUUGCCUGUAGCAGCUGUGCAGCCACCGUAUCUGUGUGAACGUGUGCGUCUCCUCACAUGUGUUUGAAUGCAUAAUUUUCUGUUCAAGCGAGCCGGUUUGAGGGGGUAUUAUCCUACAUUGGUGUGUGCGAUCGCUGUGCACCAAUGUGUGUGUCUCUUGUUGUGAUGUUGAUUGCUUAGCCUGAUCUCUUUGUCGUUGUAUGUGCUCUCUUAAGAACUUGUCUCUCUUUACAGUCUCAUAGAAGCUCAUUUGUCUGUUUUAGUGAUCAAUGACAUGUCUGUUUUCUAUGUGUUGUCGCUUUAUCUUAGUUUAAGAAAAUCCAGACAUUACUGCAGAUUAAAUCAGAUUGAAAGGCAACAGCAAAAAUGUCAUGUUUUGUAGAACUUACUUACUUUGAGUGAUCUGUGUUUCUGAGGGAUUUUGCUUCACAGCUGCAUAUUCAAACAACUUUCUUUAAAAGGUAAGAAAGUUGAUUUGUGAGUCUCAUUCCCAACUUCUCAACUGACACUUCGGGAUUGUUGGUCGGGUCAGCCGCCAUCCCAAAGUGUCAACACUGGACAAGUUGUGAAUUCUUACAAACUGGACCUUUAAAUACAUCUAUUGUUAGAUUCAAGUCAGCUUUACAUCAUGCUGCGUUCUUUUGAAUUCAUAUAAAAGCUUAUUUACAACUAACCAAUUAAUGCAACAUGGAUACUGAUGUUGUCCCUCAACUUGUUUUAGUGAUUUAGAGAUUUGAACAUACUUGACUGGUUAAGUGGUUGUAAAAUUAAAUGAUGGUAACUGAUAUUUGUGUAACAGUGUUAUCGCUUGGUUUAUAUUCAAGGGUACAUCCUAUGUUUUGACAAUUAUUGAAAGGAUUCCGUACAAAGGCUGGAUAAUGCACUACUUUAUUAAGUCCAUGAAAGCAGAAGCCUAACCUUAGCUGCUCCAGACGAAACCACACUGGUUGCUAAACACAUCAAAGGAUGUAAGCAAAUGCCACUUGGAACCGAUAUGAACCGUCUGCUAAUCUAAUAUGUAAUCUGAUGUACACAAGUAAUGUCAUGGGCUCUUUAGAACGGUGGGAAGGUCCAAGCUAUCGUCCUAAGUACGUCUAGUCAUUUUGUAUCCAUCUUGACACCUUUAAGUACCGGUGGUGUCGAGAGGGGAGCAGGUUCAGAGUAGUAGCGCACUGGGUGGAGGGCAGGAACGAGGGAGGGUGAGGGGUUGGACACAGAUCAGAGAAACUUAGACCUGCGGUCGUCUCUGACCACAGUGGUUACCUUUUUUUUUUUUUUUGUCUGUUACACCUUGAAACAAAGCCGUGUCUACAUGUGACCCCUCAUAACUGAUUUCAGAUUUACUUUCGGUGUGGAUCUGGAUUAAGGAUCGACAUUUUCGUAAAUCUCUCAGUGAAUGAUGCACGGAUCUUGAAAAAUCAGCACCUUUUAGGGAAACCCCGGUGAGGUGGUAUCCCUUCGCGAUGCGAAGAUGGCGACCCUGCUCCCUCCCCCAGGCACCGAUGUGUUCCGUCGGUUCACCCAGGAAUCACUGGUGGAGAUCGAGAGGCUCAAGGAGGAAAGUAAAAAGGCUGCAGAAGUAGCGGGCCAAGAGGACGAAGAGCCAUUGGCCCCACACGCUGACCUGGAGGCAGGCAAGAGUCUGCCCUUGAUCUAUGGAGAUCCUCCACCAGAGCUGCUCAACACACCUCUGGAGGACCUGGACCCCUUCUACAAAGCACAGAGUACAUUCAUUGUGAUCACCAAAGGAAACACCAUCUUCAGGUUCAAUGCUGAACCGGCUUGCUACAUUCUGAGCCCCUUUAGUGUGAUUAGGAGAGGAGCCAUCAAAAUUCUCAUACAUUCAUUAUUUAGCAUGUUCAUCAUGAUUACAAUUCUAUCGAAUUGUGUCUUCAUGACGAUGAGCAAUCCACCAGCAUGGAGUAAAACUGUUGAGUAUGUUUUUACCGGUAUCUAUACCUUUGAGGCAACAGUCAAAGUGUUGUCGAGAGGUUUCUGUGUUGGAUCUUUUACAUUCCUUCGAGACCCAUGGAAUUGGCUAGAUUUCAUGGUGAUCAGCAUGGCAUACAUCACUGAGUUUGUUGACCUUGGCAAUGUGUCAGCCCUCAGGACAUUUCGUGUGCUUCGAGCCCUGAAAACAAUCACUGUGAUUCCUGGUUUGAAAACCAUUGUGGGCGCUUUGAUCCAGUCAGUGAAGAAAAUGGUGGAUGUCAUGAUCCUGACUGUCUUCGCUCUCGCUGUUUUUGCCCUCGUUGGCCUUCAACUUUUUAUGGGAAAUCUGCGUCAGAAAUGUAUACGAUGGCCCAUCAACACAAAUGAAACUGCAUUUGAAUUCUUUAACACCACCAGCACAUUUAAUGACACAGUGUACUUCAACAACACCAUGGGGCUCAAUGACACAACAUAUAACAGUACCUUCAAUUUCAUCGAAUAUAUUGAAAACACAGACAAUCACUAUUAUUUGGAAGGCAGUCCAGACGCUCUACUUUGUGGAAACAGCUCCGAUGCUGGGAAGUGCCCAGAAGGAUACACCUGCAUGAAGGCUGGGAGGAACCCAAACUUUGGCUACACCAGUUUUGACUCUUUUGGCUGGUCCUUCCUGGCCCUCUUCAGACUCAUGACCCAGGACUACUGGGAGAACCUUUUCCAGCUGAUCCUGCGGGCAGCUGGUAAAACAUAUAUGCUGUUCUUUGUGGUGAUCAUCUUUCUGGGCUCCUUCUACCUCAUCAACCUCAUCCUGGCUGUAGUAGCCAUGGCUUAUGAUGAACAGAAUGAGGCAACGCAGCGAGAGGCACUUGAGAAAGAAGAAGAGUUUCAGCGGCUAUUAGCACAACUCAAGGAUCAGGAACAGGCCCUUCUUCUUGGGAGUCGAGCAACUCUGACAAGUAAGAAGACACUUAGUCAUCACACCACAUCUGAGAUGGCAGAUGACGAACGGAGCCUCGAACAUGAUGAAAUUAUCAAGGAUUGUAAUGGGAGACUCAUUCCCCGUCUGUUAGUCAGAGCGCCCACCAUGGUUAAGUCUGCUGAAGAUUAUGAACUCAAAGAGAAGUCGGUUGGCUCUGUGCACAGCAUGCUUCGACUGGAAGAACCGGGCUUGACACACAGAACUGCGAGUAUUGCGACUGUGCUCACUGCAGCCGCUAUGGAAGAGUUGGAGGAGGGUCAAAGGCCGUGCCCACCUGGAUGGUACAAGUUUGCCGACAUAUUCCUGAAGUGGAACUGCUGCCCGCAAUGGGUGGUCUUUAAGAAGUGGAUGUACUUUGUGGUGAUGGACCCUUUUGUCGACCUGACGAUCACCAUCUGCAUCGUGCUCAACACCCUCUUCAUGGCCAUGGAGCACUACCCAAUGACCCCAGAGUUUGAUAACAUGCUCUCAGUGGGGAAUCUGGUGUUCACUGGUAUCUUCACAGCAGAAAUGUUCUUCAAGCUUAUCGCCAUGGAUCCCUACUACUACUUUCAAGUUGGCUGGAACAUUUUCGACAGCAUCAUCGUCACUCUCAGUCUGGUGGAGUUGGGGCUGGCAAAUGUCCAGGGGUUGUCUGUCCUCAGGUCCUUCCGUCUGCUUCGUGUCUUCAAACUAGCCAAGUCCUGGCCAACUCUCAACAUGCUGAUCAAGAUUAUCGGUAACUCAGUUGGAGCUUUAGGAAACCUGACGUUGGUGCUGGCCAUCAUCGUCUUCAUCUUCGCCGUGGUUGGUAUGCAGCUCUUCGGCAAGAACUAUAAGGACUGUGUGUGCAAGAUCGCCUCAAGCUGUGAGCUGCCACGCUGGCACAUGAACGACUUCUUCCAUUCGUUCCUCAUUGUGUUCCGUAUCCUGUGUGGGGAGUGGAUCGAGACCAUGUGGGACUGCAUGGAGGUGGCUGGAGCUGGGAUGUGUUUAGUUGUCUUCAUGAUGGUAAUGGUCAUCGGAAAUCUAGUGGUGUUGAACCUCUUCCUGGCCUUGUUGCUCAGCUCGUUCAGUGGCGACAACCUUUCAGCAGGGGACGAAGAUGGAGAGAUGAACAAUCUCCAGAUUGCCAUUGGCAGGAUCACACGAGGGAUCGACUGGUUUAAAGCGUUUCUCAUUCAAACAGUCUUGCAGUUUCUUGGCAGAAAGCCCAAAGAGCCUGAGGAGGACCUGACAAAUGACGACGACCCUAAAACGGAGGAAAUUGAAAUGAACCACUUGGACUCCAGUCAGGACCUCAAAAUGGCAGAUGGGAUAGCUAAUUGUUUGGUUGAAGGCAGGCCUUCUGGAUUUAUUGUGGAUGGAGAGCACAGUCUCAAUGUGCCCAUCGCCCUGGGAGAGUCAGACUUUGAAAACCUGGGCGAAGAUGACGAUGAUGAAGACGAUGAAGAUGAUGCUGAUAAUGCUGAUGACUCAGAGACAACAGAUGAGAAAAAUAACCAACAGUACUCAGAAAAAGUAGACGAUGAAAUUAGCGUACCUGAAAAUGCUAAACUGAUGGGUGCUUUGAAUGAUGGGGAUUCUUCAGUGUGUAGCACAGCUGACUAUCAACCACCUGAGCCUGAACCAGAAGAAGUAGAAGAAGAAGAGCCAGACCCAGUGGAGCCAGAGGACUGCUUCACCGAAAGCUGUGUGAGGCGCUGGCCUUGUCUGACCGUGGACAUCACUCAAGGUAGAGGCAAGAAAUGGUGGAACCUCCGUAGGGCCUGCUUCACUAUAGUGGAGCAUGACUGGUUUGAAACCUUCAUAAUCUUUAUGAUCCUCCUCAGCAGUGGCGCUCUGGCCUUUGAAGACAUAAACAUAGAAAGACGCCGAACCAUCAAAAUUAUUCUGGAGUAUGCUGACAAAGUUUUCACCUACAUCUUUGUCGUGGAGAUGAUCCUUAAAUGGGUUGCAUAUGGCUUCAAGACCUACUUCACCAACGCUUGGUGCUGGUUAGACUUCUUCAUUGUAGAUGUUUCACUGGUUAGUUUAGUCGCCAACUGGAUGGGCUACUCCGACCUUGGACCAAUCAAAUCCCUCAGAACUCUCAGGGCGCUAAGGCCUCUUCGAGCACUGUCGAGAUUUGAAGGGAUGAGGGUGGUGGUGAACGCUCUUGUCGGAGCAAUUCCCUCCAUCUUCAACGUGCUGUUGGUGUGUCUGAUCUUCUGGUUGAUAUUCAGCAUCAUGGGAGUUAACCUGUUUGCUGGGAAGUUCUACCGCUGCAUCAACACCACCACAGAGGAGCUUUUCCCUAUGAAUGAGGUCAACAACCAUAGCGAAUGCAUGGCCCUCAAAGAAGCCACGCAGGAGGCCCGCUGGGUCAACGUCAAAGUCAACUAUGACAACGUGGGAUCGGGCUACCUGUCCCUGCUUCAAAUUGCAACUUUCAAAGGCUGGAUGGACAUCAUGUAUGCUGCCGUUGACUCAAGAGAGGUAGAGGAGCAACCUUCUUAUGAGAUCAACCUCUACAUGUACAUAUACUUCGUCAUCUUUAUCAUCUUCGGCUCCUUCUUCACACUCAACCUCUUCAUUGGCGUCAUUAUUGACAAUUUCAACCAACAGAAGAAAAAGUUUGGAGAUAAAGACAUCUUCAUGACAGAGGAACAGAAAAAGUACUACGAUGCCAUGAAGAAACUUGGUUCCAAGAAGCCACAGAAGCCAAUUCCACGUCCAACCAACCUAAUCCAAGGAAUGGUGUUUGACUUCAUCAGUCAGCAGUUCUUUGACAUCUUCAUCAUGGUGCUCAUCUGCCUCAAUAUGGUGACCAUGAUGGUGGAGACGGACAACCAAAGUCCAGAGAAGGAAGAUUUCCUCUUCAAAGUAAACGUGGCCUUCAUUGUCGUCUUCACUGGAGAGUGUGUGUUGAAGCUUUUUGCCCUGCGACAGUACUUCUUCACCAACGGGUGGAACGUUUUUGAUUUUGUUGUGGUCAUCUUGUCCAUAGCUGGUACGAUGCUCUCAGAUAUAAUUGAGAAGUACUUUGUCUCACCAACCCUGUUCAGAGUGAUCAGACUGGCCAGAAUAGGCAGGAUUCUACGUCUUAUUAAAGGAGCGAAGGGCAUCCGAACACUUCUCUUUGCUCUGAUGAUGUCACUUCCUGCCCUAUUCAAUAUUGGCCUCCUGCUCUUCCUCAUUAUGUUCAUCUUCUCCAUAUUUGGCAUGUCAAACUUUGCCUAUGUCAAAAAGCAAGCUGGAAUAGAUGACAUAUUUAAUUUUGAGACAUUUGGUGGCAGCAUCAUCUGUUUGUUCGAGAUCACAACGUCCGCUGGUUGGGAUGGGCUUUUACUUCCAAUGCUGAACAAGGAGUAUCCAGACUGCGAUCCAGACUUUGAGAACCCAGGCACGGAUGUCAAGGGUAACUGCGGCAACCCGGGCAUGAGCAUGAUCUUCUUCUGCAGCUACAUCAUCAUCUCAUUCUUGGUGGUGGUCAACAUGUAUAUCGCCAUCAUCUUGGAGAACUUCAAUGUGGCGCAGGAGGAGAGCGGUGACGCACUCUGUGAGGAUGACUUUGAGAUGUUCAAUGAGACUUGGGAGAAGUUUGACUUGGAUGGAACUCAGUUUAUUGAGUAUAACCGGCUCUCAGAUUUUUGUGAUGCCUUGCAGGAGCCGCUGAGGGUCGCAAAGCCUAACCGGCUUCGCCUGAUUGAAAUGGAUAUGCCCCUGGUAAUAGGGGACAGGAUCCACUGCCUGGACGUCUUAUUAGCCGUCACACAGAUGGUCUUAGGAGACACGGUGGAGAUGGCUGCAAUGCGGGAGAGCAUUGAGGCCAAGUUCAUCCUGAGCAACCCCACCUCAGACUCCUUUGCACCGAUUACCACAACGAUGCGCCGCAAAGAGGAACAGUUGGCUGCUGUAGUCAUUCAGAGGGCGUACCGCAACCACCUGCUGAAACGCUGCAUACACCACGCUGCUUUCAUGCACCGCUCUAAGAGGAUGGGUAGAAAGGAUGAUAGUGAAGAUCCACCAGAAAAAGAGGGGAUGCUUGCACGCAGGAUGGGAGUGCUCUAUGGGAGCAAUGUGGACCUUGCGGAUGAGAUGGAGCGGGCUGCUUUAGAAACUCUGGCAGGCCAACAGCUUCCUGAUCCAGAGACACUGUCAUAUUACUCAGAGCCUGACUGUGGUACAGAAUACCCAGAGCCAAAUAUCAUGGUUGUACCUGUAGAAAUUACUAAUGAGGUGUUAUUACAUUCUGCCCCUAACCAAUACCUCUUGGCACUACACGCAAACCUGAGAGAGUCAAUUGUAUAACAAACAGCAGAAUAACAUUUAUUAUGUCCCCUUGUUGUUUUACACCAUUUAAUGUAGUAAUGUUAGCUGUUGAUAAAGGAGCUGAAAUUCCCACUGUAGAAAAGCUUACACAGUGCUAUGGAACGUUAAAAAUGCAUUUUUGAUAAUUUAACUUAAAAAAACAAUUUAUCUUUCUUCAUGCAAUGUUUAAGUGUCUUUUUGGUUUGCAGGUGGUAACGGGGUAAAUAGUCUUCUCUGAAAAUAACCAUAUCUACAUCAGCAAAUAUAGCCUCAAUUAAUUCUCAAUGAGAACGAUAGCCAAAUAACUUAAAAUGAACACAUUGUGUAAUGAAUGAGAAUUGAGACAAAAUCACCAGUGUUACAUCCCACUGUAGCAUCCUUUCUGCGCCUGUGAUGCAUUUUUUCUGAAUGUUUGAGGGGGUAAAUGGUACUUACAUUGACAUUUCAAAAAUGUAGGGAAAAAUGUGAUCUGACUCGUCAACAUUGAACUGCACACAGGCUUACACGAAGUCCAACACUUCAAAUGUCUUUCUUCACAAUUACUAUGAGCCAACGAAAAACUUGCUUGUGUUCGUUGUUGUAGGGAAACAUCACAGCAGACCAGUCUCAAUCUUGAAAUGCAAGAUAGACCAAGGUUUUGCUCAGACUGUGUUUCUGAAAGAAUCCCCAACAUAUUUCAAACAUUUGGAUGGAUUUUAGGUCGCGUUAGAGCAGUUGACUGUGUAAGACUGAGAGACCUUCCUGUUUUCUAAGAUGACUUCAUCACUGAUAUCUGCAUGUCUUAUAAAUGUUUUGUCUAUUUCUCUGUCGUCAGCCCCUUCACACAGAUCUCCAAACUCAAAGCAGUCACUUGUUUUCAAAUUUGGUUGGUUUCAAUUUCAGCAUUUAGGUUCAAAGGUUAUCUGUGACUGUAAACUUAAGAUGUGAUGUUUACAUUAGCAUGGUUGCGUAGCAGAACUGCUCAUCUCUCUCUUCAUUUCAACUGUUUUUCUGUAUUUCUCUUCCCAAUAACACUAAUUAGAGCAAUAAAACAAAUACUUUGUUACUGGCUGUACAUUUUAAAAUAAGUUUUUUUCUCAGGUUGUAACAUAACAGACACAGCUGAGUGCUGGGUUAGUUAAACACAUGCCUCUGGAGUUAAACACCACACUUCCCAAUGUGUAGAUAAUCACACCUUAAAAUAUACAGAUAUCUUGAUGCACAGUGGAUCUAGUCACUUCAAGCUUGUCCUCGUGUAGAAAAGUAGGCUUCACGUGCUGUUGUGUAAGUCUUAAGUUAAUUUAAAAUGUCUUACUCUGAAUAUAUAAACAUGAACAACAUAAGCACUUUUACAGUUUUCUAGUUGUUUUUUUUUACAAUAGACUAUAGAGGGUUGUCUCUUCUCUUGUUUUUGUGUUCAUCACUGUUUUAACAUCAACCCAAUGAAUGUUUCCUCUACGAGGGGUCUCUUUGUCUUAUCAUGCUGCCGCAGCAUGGCAGUUAUUCCUGUCAGAAGUCCGUAA